CAUUUUCAUCUGAACUAGGCUUAGGUCAUAUAUCUUCUAUUUCCAAGUCUAGUUCAUUGCAUACUGCACAAGGCGUCUAUAAAAGUAGCAUCACUGACAUCUAUUCUGAUCAAAAUUCACACUGCUUUUUCUGUAAAAAUACUCAGAGCUUCUGCUAUAUAUUUAUAUAUACACACACAUAUGCAUAUGGUGUUAUAUACUCUGCUCUGAAUUGCUCUGUUCUUCUGUUAAGGCCUUCACUCAGAAGAAACAGGAUGGGAACUCUGUUUCCUGAUGAAAAACCUGAGAACCCAAACGGUGUUCAUCAACUUCACCACCAACAUGAUGAUGUUGAUGCAGGAGCUCUUUUUGUCCUCAAAUCCAAAGGAUUCUUAUCCUUCUCUCUUUCCCUUUUGUGCUGCACGGUUUUAAAAGGGUUGAUCCUUCCAAACCUCAGUUCUUGGUUGCAUUGUGGAUACCAUUUGACCACAUCGAUAGUGGCACCAACUCUUCUAAGUCUUCCUUAUGCAUUCACCUUCCUUGGAUGGACGGCUGGGAUCUCAUGCUUGGUGAUCGGAGCAUUGGUGACUUUCUAUUCAUAUAAUUUGAUAUCUAGGGUUCUUGAACACCACGCCCAAAAUGGUAAACGUCAACUACGUUUUAGAGACAUGGCACGUGAUAUUUUAGGUCCAAGCUGGGGUCGUUAUUUUGUUGGCCCAAUUCAGUUUACAGUUUGUUUUGGUUGUGUAGUUGCUUGCAUUCUAUUAGGAGGGCAAUGCAUGAAGGCAAUUUACUUGCUAUCAAAUCCAAAGGGGAGCAUGAAGCUUUACGAGUUUGUAAUCAUAUUUGGAUGCUUUAUACCAUCUAAGAGAACCUUUAUUUUCUGGUUGAAUCUAACUAUUGCCGUCGCUUUCUCUGCUUUGGGAGCGAUAGCAGCAAUUGCAGCAGUUAGACAGAUUGUUAUUGAUGCAAAAGAUUAUCGAUUAUUUGCUAAUGUAUGA